CGAACAAAAUCUCAUUUCUCUUCCUCUUUAAUUAGAAUUUAGAAGAUUCAUUAGAGGGGGCGCCGUCGGUGAUAUCGCGUUUUCACCCUCUAAUUCAAUGGCCGUUUCAAGCUGUGCUAGGGCAUUUCCUUCCUUCGAAUGCCGUUCCAACGCUGAUUUCUCAGGUGGCGUUCCACGUCAUGAUGUUCCUAACGCCGGCAUUCGUUUUUCAGGGAAAGCGAACUUGCAAAGUCGCGGAUCGUCGUUUUUUGGUAUGUAUUCUCUGAUCCUUAGGUUUCCGCCCAACUUCGUGAGGCAGCUGAGCGUCAAAGCUCGAAGGAACUGCAGCAAUAUCGGUUUAGCACAAGUUGUUGCGGCUUCAUGGUCUAAUAACCACGCUUCUCCUGACUUUAUACCGACGGCUAAGGCCGUCGAUGCUACCGCCGCCAUUGCUCCUCUUGAUAUUACCACAGGUCAUGAGGAGAUGGCGAUGGUGGAAAAUCCGCCUUGUGCUGCUCGACCUGUACAGAUUGAGGAUUUGACAGGUGUCAAAUAUUCUUCGUUUUUGAGUUAUGAUGGAAGCAUCGCAAUUCAUGCCGGUGAAAGGUUAGGACGUGGUAUUGUUACUGAUGCAAUAACUACCCCAGUGGUUAACACAUCUGCUUAUUUCUUCAACAAGACUUCUGACCUCAUUGAUUUCAAGGAGAAAAGACGUGCAAGUUUUGAAUAUGGGCGCUAUGGGAACCCCACUACUAUUGUUGCAGAGGAGAAGAUAAGUGCACUGGAGGGUGCUGAGUCAACCUUGCUAAUGGCAUCUGGAAUGUGUGCUAGUACUGUUAUGUUGUUGGCAUUGGUUCCUGCUGGUGGGCAUAUUGUAACAACAACAGACUGCUAUAGGAAGACCCGAAUAUUUAUUGAGACGAUACUGCCUAAAAUGGGAAUCACGGCGACAGUCAUUGACCCAGCUGAUAUUGGAGCUCUAGAAUCGGUGCUAUGUCAGAGGAAAGUCAGUAGGCUGCUUAUUUCAUCGACAGUUUUGAAUUAUAUGUAUAUAAUAACUGAACAUCUCCAGCGCCUUGAACCUUUUUCCAUGCAGGUGACUCUUUUCUUUACCGAGUCUCCAACAAAUCCAUUCCUGAGAUGUGUUGACAUUGAGUUGGUUUCAAAACUUUGCCAUGAAAAAGGAGCACUAGUUUGCAUAGAUGGGACGUUCGCAACUCCCCUUAACCAAAAGGUCCUUGCACUAGGGGCUGACCUCGUUGUGCACUCUGCGACAAAAUAUCUUGGUGGCCACAAUGAUGUUCUUGGAGGUUGCAUUAGUGGUCCUGAUAAGUUAGUUUCAGCAGUUCGUAACUUGCAUUAUAUCCUGGGUGGUGCUCUCAAUCCUAAUGCUGCGUAUUUGAUCAUCAGAGGCAUGAAAACUUUGCAUCUUCGUGUACAGCAACAGAACUCAACCGCACAAAGGAUAGCCGAAAUUUUAGAGGCUCAUCCAAAGGUGAGAUGUGUGUAUUAUCCAGGCCUUUCAAGUCAUCCAGAACACCAUCUUGCAAAGAGACAAAUGACUGGUUUUGGUGGUGUGGUCAGUUUUGAGGUUGAUGGGGAUCUGCUGACUACUGCAAAAUUUGUUGAUGCUCUAAAAAUUCCAUAUAUUGCUCCAUCAUUUGGAGGUUGCGAGAGCAUUGUGGACCAACCAGCAAUUAUGUCUUACUGGGAUCUUAGCCAGUCAGAGAGGGCUAAGUAUGGGAUCAUGGACAACUUGGUUCGAUUCAGCUUUGGGGUAGAAGACUCUGAAGACUUGAAAGCUGAUAUUCUUCAGGCUCUGGAGUCCAUAUAGUGUGUCUUACCUGCAACCUAAUUUCUUUUCCCUUUGUCACUAGAUUUGAACUUUUUGCAUCUUUAGUAGUUGGAGUAGGAUGUUAUUGAUGCAUCUUUUUUCUGGUGCUCCUAGAGAAUUGAAUUCUUUAAAUGAGCUGAUUCUCGUAGCAGCUAGAAAGAAAUACGCAUUUUUGGGUACUUGACUUGGUGACAAGUCAUUGGCGGAAUUGGAAUUUAAAGCAAACAAGGGGGUUGAGGUUGGUAGUCAAGAAAUUGUUGCAUUCCACGUACAAAAUGGUUCAACAUUGUUCUUUACAAUUUUGGUUGGAGUAAAAAAUUCUGGAGGGAUUUCGUGCUUUAAUUUCUGGUUUCCUAGUGUAAAAACAGUCCUUGGAUUGAUUUGACGGAAACAAGAAAAUUAAUUUGUA